AAAAAGCGCCCCAUUGCUGCUGUUGAUAAAGCCAACACACCUCGUCCUUACAAAUGUCCCAUGUGCCCCAAAUCCUUUUAUCGACUAGAACAUCAAACUCGUCAUAUUAGAACACAUACGGGCGAAAAGCCUCAUAAAUGCACUUUUCCUGGUUGUGAGAAACGUUUCUCUCGUUCUGAUGAACUCACUCGCCACGUUCGUAUUCACACUUCACCCAACAAGAGAAGAGAACCGACUUCGACUGCUGUUUCUCCCUGUUCAAGUCUCCUUGAUCUUCUAGAUCGUCCUCCACAAGCUCGCGUUUUACCCCCCAUCAUCUCUACCACUACUACUACACCU